AUGACCGCAUCGGUAACGCAGCGGAACUGUCACACCGAUGACAAUGCGCCGGCGCCGCGGGAUCUGGCGCUCGACUAUUGGCGCGCGCUUGGCGCGCCGCGCCAUCGCAUCGCGCGGGCGCUGCAUUGCGAUGAAGCCGACAUUGCCGGCAGCGCGCCCGAAACCGCCGGCUUGCCGGUCGCUGUCUCGGCCGUGCCUUGGGCACAGCGCACCGCCAACGCGCUGAUCCGCAAGGGCCUGACGCGGCCGCCGACCGAGCAACUCGUCUUCGCCGCAGGCGAGGGCGCGCUGACCGCGGGCGAUGUGGCGGCCAUCGUAGGACGCGUGUGCGCCGGGCUCGCGGCGCGCGGGGUCGGCAAGGGCACCCGCAUCGCGGUCGACGCGACGCAGCGGCUCGAAUCCUAUCUCGUCACGCUCGCCGCGCUCCUUCAGGGCGCGACGGUCGUCCGGCUUGGCGACACGGUCGGGACGCAGGCGCUGCGCGCCAUGAUCGAGGCCGCGCCCGCCAUGCUGACCUUUUCCGACCGGCUCGAUGUCAUCGGCGACAGGAUCGAAGUGGGCGAGGGCGUGCCGCUCGAUGCCUUCGCCGAGUUCGCCGGCGCCUGCCCCGAUCCGUCCGACGAUUUCUGGUCGGCGCUUCCGACGGUGACGCCCGACGAUGCCGCCUUCGUCGGCUUUACAAGCGGGUCCACCGGCGCGCCCAAGGCGAUGCAAACCAGCCAUGAGGCGGUGUUCCGGUCGACCGAGAUCGCCCAGCGCGCGUUCGGCUUCGAUGCGUCCGACAUCUUCUGCACGGCAACCGAUUUCACCGCGCUCAGCGCGUUCCGGUCGCUGGUGACGCUGCCGUUCGCCAGCGGCGGACGGGUCGUCAUUCCCGACGCCGAGGCCCGCGACAACCCGAUCGCGCUGGCGCUUUUGUGCGAACGCUAUGGCGUGACGCAGCUGACCGCGGUUCCGGGCGUGCUGCGCGCCUUCGCCAAGGCCGGCGCACGAGUGACGCGCGAGGAACUGGCGUCCGUCCGCACCGUCUUUUCGGGCUCGGGCGUUCUCGAUUUCGCCACCGCCGAUCUUCUCCGCGAGCGCUUUUCGCUGCCGGUCGUCGACUAUUAUGGCGGACGGGAAUUUGCGACCGCCGCCUAUUCCGAUCCGGACACGCCGCACACGAUGAGCGCCGGCGGCGGAUUUUUGCGCGAUUGCCUGGCCAUUCUCGUCGAUGAUGAGCGCAGGCCCGUCGCGCCGGGCGAGGUCGGGGAGAUCGCGGUCCAUUCCGAUUGCAUGACGCUGUCGCCGCUGGCGUCGAUCGAGACAAAAGGAAAAUGGGCCGGCUGGCAUUUCACCGGCGAUCUGGGGCGUUUUUUGCCGGGCGGCCGGCUGGAAAUCGUCGGCCGCCAGAAGGACAUCAUCAAGACCGCCGAAGGCACGCUCGUCAGCCCGGCCGAGAUCGAGGGCGCGCUGAAUGCGCUCGACUGGGUCGCCGAGGCCUGUGUCUUUUCCUGGACGGACGCGCACGGGAUCGAGCGCAUCGGCGCCGCGAUGGUCGGUGCACCCGCCGACAUCGACGCCGAGCGGACGGCAAAGGCAGCAAUCCAUGACGCGCUCGGCCCCUACAAGACGCCAGCGCGCAUCCUCGUCCUCGACGAGCUGCCGAGGCUGGGCCGGGGCAAGCCCGACAAGGCCCGCCUGCGGCAGCUCCUCACGCAAACCGAGAAGGCAUUGUCGCCAUGA